AUGGAUCGAAGUUGGAUGACAAGACCACGCAUAAGUGACGAGUAUGACAAUGGAGUUGAAGAUUUCUUGCAAUUUGCCAAACAUAAUGCAGCACCCAUUGCUGGACUAUACUUAUGUCCAUGUGUUAAUUGUUUGAAUGGACGACGACAAUCUUUGGAUGACAUUAGAACACAUCUUAUAUGUGAUGGUAUCAGUCCAAAUUAUACGAAAUGGAUUUGGCAUGGUGAAUUACCACAAAUGUCAUCAAGCCCUCUGACUGCUCCAGUUGACGAAGAAGUUGGUGAUCGUAUAGAAGACAUGCUACGUGAUCUUGGACAAGAGGGUUUUAGGCAAGCACAUUCACCUUACUAUGAAAGCCUAGAUAUUGAUUCUACGACUCCAUUGUAUAUGGGAUGCACAAAGUACACACGGUUAUCAGCGGUCUUAGGUUUGGUGAAUUUGAAAGCAAGAUUUGGGUGGAGUGACAAAAGCUUCAACGAAUUACUUUUGUUAUUGAAGAAUAUGCUUCCUGUAGAUAACACAUUACCCAAGAACCAUUAUGAGGCAAAAAAGAUAUUAUGCCCUGUGGGUAUGGAAUACCACAAAAUACAUGCUUGCCCUAAUGAUUGUAUUUUGUAUAGACAUCAAUUUGCUGAAAUGCGCAGCUGCCCUACAUGUGGAGCGUCACGUUACAAAGUGAAGUAUGAUGAAAGCAGUGUUGAUGGAGGCACAUACAAAGAUUGUCCAUCAAAAGUGUGUUGGUAUCUUCCAGUAAUACCAAGGUUUAAGCGAUUGUUUGCUAAUGCACAAGACGCAAAAAACCUAACAUGGCAUGCUAAUGGGAGGAUUAAAGAUGGAUUGCUCCGUCAUCCAGCUGAUUCUCCUCAAUGGAAGUCAAUUGAUGAGUUGUAUCCGGAAUUUGGACAAGAUCCCAGAAACCUAAGGGUUGGUCUCGCCUCCGAUGGAAUGAAUCCUUUUGGGAACUUGAGCUGCAACCACAGUUCCUGGCCUGUUUUGCUGAUGAUUUACAACCUUCCUCCUUGGUUGUGCAUCAAACGGAAGUACAUAAUGAUGUGUAUGAUGAUAGCCGGUCCCAGACAGCCAGGAAAUGACAUUGAUGUGUAUCUUGCUCCAUUGAUUGAAGACCUCAGGAAAUUAUGGGUAGAAGGGGUUGAUGUGUAUGACAGGAAUGCUCAGGAGACAUUCAAGUUGCGUGUAAUGAUUUUUUGCACCAUUAACGACUUUCCGGCAUAUGGGAAUUUGAGUGGAUAUAGCAUCAAAGGCCACCACGCAUGUCCUAUAUGUGAGAAAGACACAAGUUACCUCCAAUUAAAGCAUGGGAAGAAGACAGUGUAUACAAGACAUCGAAGAUUUUUAAAAGCUUUUCACCCAUACAGGCGAAUGAAGAAGGCAUUUAAUGGCACAUCUGAGUUUGACAGUGCACCGAUUCCUUUGUCAGGUCAUGAAGUUUUUGAUCGGGUGAAGAACAUCGUUACUAUAUAUGGGAAAACACAAAAAAAGGAUGGGUCCCACAACCAGCUUUGGAAGAAAAACAAAGUAAUCGACCCAAAACAGUUGGAUGAUUUGGAAAAUGAGGCUUCCAUUAUCAUUUGUCAAUUGGAGAUGUAUUUUCCACCUGCAUUUUUUGACAUAAUGGUUCACUUGGUUGUUUAUCUAGUUCGAGAAAUACGGUUGUGCGGGCCCGUUUAUCUGCGUUGGAUGUAUCCGGUUGAGCGGUACAUGAAGGUAUUGAAAGGUUAUACGAAAAAUCAAUAUCGCCCAGAAGCAAGCAUUGUUGAAAGGUAUGUGGCUGAAGAAGCCAUUGAGUUUUGUUCUGAGUACAUUGAAAAUGGUUCACCUGUUGGUCUUCUUGAAAGCCGUCACGAGUCCACCAGACAAGGCAGGGGUACACGAGGAUUCAAUGUUGUAACCAUGGAUCGGGAACAGGUCUCACAAGCGCAUUUAUAUGUACUAAACAACACUGCUGAAGUUAUACCAUACUUAGAUGCUCACAAGGAAUAUGUUGCAGCUUGUCACCCAAACAUGAAUAUGAUGCACGUGUUGCAGGAGCACAAUAGGAGUUUCAUUAAUUGGUUUAGAAAAACAAUUUUUGGAAUUAACACUGCUUCUAAGACAUUAACAAUGUUAGCUGUUGGGCCUAAUCUUAAUGUCCUUACUUGGAAGGGGUAUGAUAUCAACAAUUAUUCAUUUUACACAAAAUCGCAGGAUGAUCACAGUGUUGUACAAAACAGUGGAGUCACCAUUGAUGCUCAUUCGGACCACUUUAGUAGUGCAGUGGAUAACCAUCCUAUUCGAGCGUCCAUGCCUUAUUAUGGACAAAUCAAGGAAAUUUGGGAGCUUGAUUAUGGUGAAUUUAGAGUGCUUGUUUUCAAGUGCCAAUGGGUUAAUGGAAAUGCAGGUGUCUGA